CUUGGAACAAAUGGGAUAUUCAUCAGGAGCUUGUCCAUGCCAGAGAACCUCCCAGAGGGAAAUGAGUAGAAGCCCAGACUAUAGGGCGAUCCUCCUUAUAAAGCCCCUGCAGAAUUCCCCCUCACUCCCUACAGUCUGACUGACAGUGUGACAGACAUGAACACCGGCCUGAGCGUCUUUGUGAUCUCCUUGCUCCUGGCUGCUCCCAGCGAUGCCCAGCAGCCCAAUGAGAGGCACACCUUUACUUGUGGUGGAAAUCUAACUGGAGAUUCAGGUGUACUCGGAAGUGAGGGGUUUCCUGGAGUUUACCCACCAAACAGCAAGUGUACAUGGAAGAUUACGGUGCCUGACGGUAAGGUGGUUGUCCUGACAUUCCGUUUCAUUGAUUUGGAGAGCGACAAUCUAUGCCGAUAUGACUUUGUGGAUGUGUACAGUGGCCAUGCUAAUGGACAACGCAUUGGGCGAUUCUGUGGCACGUUUAGACCUGGUGCUCUUGUAUCAAACAGCAACAAGAUGUUGGUCCAAAUGGUGUCGGAUGCCAACACGGCAGGAAAUGGUUUCAUAGCAAUGUUUUCUGCAGCAGAACCCAAUGAGAGAGGAGACCAGUACUGCGGAGGACGAUUAGACAAACCUUCUGGAACCUUUAAAACCCCCAACUGGCCAGAGAGGGAUUAUCCUGCUGGCGUUACCUGUUUAUGGCACAUCAUGGCCCCGAAGCAUCAGGUCAUUGAAGUAAAGUUUGAGAAGUUUGAUGUGGAGAGAGAUAAUUACUGCCGAUAUGAUUAUGUGGCUGUGUUCAAUGGAGGAGAACUAAAUGACGCCAAGAGAAUUGGAAAGUUCUGUGGGGAUAGUCCACCAGCGCCCAUUGUAUCUGAGAAAAAUGAACUCCUCAUACAGUUCUUGUCUGACCUAAGUUUGACUGCUGAUGGUUUUAUUGGCCAUUACAAAUUCAGGCCUAAAAAGUUACCGACAACCACAUCCUCUCCAAUUACAACAGCCUCCCCUACAACUGCAAGUCUAAAACCAACAGUCGGAGUCUGCCAACAAAAAUGUAGACGGACUGGGACCCUGGAGAGCAAUUACUGCUCAAGCAAUUUUGUGAUAACUGGUACUGUUAUAGCAACGGUGAGCAGGGGAGGGAGUGUAUAUGCAACGCUGUCCAUUAUCAAUGUUUACAAAGAGGGGACGUUGGCCAUCCAGCAGGCUGGAAAGUCGAUGAGUGCUAAGAUUACUGUGGUGUGUAAGCAGUGCCCGCUGAUCAGACGAGGUUUGAAUUACAUCAUCAUGGGUCAAGUAGAUGAAGAGGGUCGAGCAAAGGUUUUACCCAACAGCUUUGUCAUGAGUUUCAAAACAAAGAACCAGAAAAUCCUGAACACUCUGAAGAACAAGAGAUGUUAGAUGUCUGCUCUUUUAAUGUGACUGUGCUUCCCUUGUUACAGGAGGAAUAUAAUAUGAAGCCCACAAUCCAGUCCAUCAGCAGCUUUGGCCAACACUGAUACUUUAAUUGCUGCAGUGGGCAAGGUGUCUUCUACCAUCGUAAUUCUUUGCACAUCCAGUAGAGGAUGUUAUCAUAUAAGCUUCUCCCAUUGAGAGUCCAUUGACUUAUAAGCUGAACUGUUCUAGGUUCUGACUACUUUUAAAUUCUGUUUUAUUUAUACAUUUCUUAAAAUUAUGAAAAAAUAUAUAUUUUUUUUGGAAUUAAAAAUAUGGUGAAAAUUUUAAUUGCAAUAUUUAUAUUAUUUUUUUGUCUUUUUUUCCAGUGGAAUAAUUAUUUUUGUGUUUUUAAUCUAUGCU